GAUUUUCUUGCGGGGAUCAUCAGAAUCGGAGCAAAGUUUCUCCUCGGUGCCCGAAAAGAUGAUCUUGUUUCGCUCCAUCCUCUGUUCUGCCUUGAUUGCAUUAGCCCUGUCGCAAAUCAGAAGAAGAAAAAGCAGGAACUCGAAUCGCAACCCAAGUGAUUAUAGUGAUGGAUCGUCGGGGAGACACUACGAGGUGUUUCUCAGCUUCCGAGGACCAGACACUCGCCUGACCUUCACCGACUCUCUCUACAUGGCCCUGGUCCGUGCCGGGAUCCGCGUCUUCAGGGACGACGACGAGCUCCGUGUCGGCGAGGAGUUUGGCGGCGAGCUCCUGAGCGCGAUUGCCAACUCCGGGAUCUACGUGCCCAUCUUCUCAAGAGGCUACGCUUCAAGUAGGUGGUGCCUCCGCGAGCUCGCCUGCAUGGUGGAGUGCCGGAAGAGGAAUGAGACUCUGGUUUUUUUGCCAGUCUUCUAUGACGUGGAAGCAUCCGAUGCGAGGCUCGAGACAGGGCCGUAUCGCGAAGCCCUGCAAAAGCACGAGAGAGAGUCCGGUGAGGAAGUGGCCAAGCAGUGGGAGGAGGCUCUACGAGAGGUCGCUGGAAUCCCUGGAUGGAACUUGAGAGAUCACGGCCAAGAUAAACUUGUAAGACUGAUUAGGGAAGAGGUUGCCAGUAGGUUAAGGAUACUACAACCUAACUUGCACGAUGACUUGGUGGGGAUUGACGAUCGAAUGGAAGACAUUAUGGAGUUGAUAGGCCUAGCCCCUUCUGGUGUAAGGUUUGUCAUAAUCCAUGGCAUGGGCGGCAUUGGAAAGACGACUCUUGCCAAGGCUGUUUUCAAGCAAAUGUCUUCUCAGUUCCAAAGUCGCAGCUUUCUUUCAGAUAUCCGGCAGUCAUCUGGCGACAAUGAUAUUCUAGACCUGCAAAAGAAAUUAUUAUGUGAUAUUCUCGACCUUAGAUCAGCAAAGGUUUUUGACACUAAUGAUGGGAUCAAGAUGAUGAAAGAGAGAUUCCGUGAGAAGAAAAUCCUCAUUGUGCUUGAUGACGUGGAUAAGAGGGACCAGCUCAUGAAACUGGCUGGCAAGUCCAGUUGGUUUGGUGCAGGAAGCAGAAUUAUAGUUACAACCAGGAACAUCCAUUUCUUGGCAACUAACACCGAAAACCCAAAUGACAUCAUUCGAGCGCAUUCCAGAGAUUUCUAUUUCUAUGAAGUAAAGGAGAUGCAAUUUGACCAUGCUCUUCAACUUUUCAGUAAGCACGCAUUUGAAAGUGAAUCACCUCCGUAUGAUUUUGAUGGUAUUUCAAAGGAAGUUGUGAAAGCUACGGGAAGACUUCCUUUGACUCUUGAGGUUAUAGGUUCGUAUCUCCAUUGCAAAAGUAUGGUAAUAUGGAAAGACAAGUUGAAGAAGUUAAGGCAAGUGCCCGACAAGGAUGUUCAGAAAAAGUUGAUGAUAAGUUAUGAAGAACUAGAAUAUGAGCAACGACAGAUCUUUCUUGAUAUUGCAUGUUACUUCAUUGGUGAAGAAGCGAUGCAUCCACAUUAUAUGUGGAAAGCUUGUGAAUUUUUCCCAAAAAGUGGAGUACUUGUCCUUGUUCAUUUAUCUUUGGUAAAGAUUGUUGAUGAUGAUAUACUGUGGAUGCAUGACCAACUAAGAGAUCUUGGAAGAGAGAUUGUUCAGCAUGAGUGCCUCCAAAUUUCCGGAAAGCAAAGCAGGCUAUGGCGUCCUACAGUUGCCUUAGAAGUUGUUCAGUUUAACGAGGGAACAGAGAACGUUGUGGCACUGAAACUCACAGGAAUCCCCAAUCUGCCCAAUUUCACAAGUGAGCAAAUUUCAAGGCUUCCCAAUUUGAGGUUUCUUGAAUUAGAUGGAGGAAACCUUGCAGGAGACUUCAAGCAUCUUCUCUCAAAGUUAAAGUGGCUCUCAUGGCAUCAUUGCCCUUCAGAUUUACAUGCUAACAAUCUUUGCUUAAGGAACUUAGUCGUACUCAAGCUUUCAGAGAGUGACAUCACUGAAGAUUGGGUUGGAUGGGAAGCAUGCAUGGUGAACGGCAAGUUAAAAGUCAUGCAUCUGACUGGUUGUAAAAGAUUAAUCAGGACACCCAACUUCUCCACAUGCUUAAAUUUGAAGAUGUUGGUUCUUAAAGAUUGUGAAAACUUGAAAAAGAUCGAUACUUCGAUUGGCAAGCUAGAACGGCUGAAGUGCUUGGAAAUCAGUGGGAAGAACUCUCUGUUUCGUUGGCAGUUUCCUAGAAGGCACAACGUGUUUGUAGUACCUUCAGUACUAGACUCCAUUGGUGGUCUAAAAUUCCUAUCAAUGCUAAAGAUAGAAAAUAAGCGAGUUCAAGAAGCUCCUCCCUCAAUUGGAGAGCUAUCAGGUUUGAAGUAUUUGUCAUUAAGCCAUUGUCCUGAGCUUAAAAGGCUUCCAAAUUCCAUAGGAGAAUUGAAAUCACUGGUCCGAUUGGAUCUGUCUUUUAGUGGGAUUGUUGAAUUACCAGAGUCUGUUGGGGGACUAGAAUCGCUCAUUGAGAUGAAUCUCUCUGAUACAGAAAUUACAAAGUUACCCAAUUCUAUCGGGAGUCUGAAAAGAAUGAAGGUCAUGGAUGUGCAUGGAAGUCAGAUAAGAGAGCUACCAGACUCGAUUGGAGGACUUGAAUCGUUGCUCAAGUUGGAUCUGCGUGAAACACGCAUUACCAAAUUACCUGAAUCUAUCGGAAAUCUUAAUAGGUUGGAAGCAAUAGAUUUAUUUGAUUCAAAGUUAAGAGAGCUACCGGACUCGAUUGGAGGACUGGAAUCACUUCUUGAGUUGGAUCUAUAUGAAACAAACAUUACAGAAUUACCUGAUUCCAUUAGGAAUCUGAAAAGGUUGAAGUGCAUGAAGAUUGGGAAUAAUAUAAGAGAGCUAACAGAGGCUAUAGGAAUGCUGAAGACUCUUAAAGAGAUUUGUAUUAGUGGUGAUGUGGAGGAAAUUCCAAGUGAAAUUGGGCAACUGUCCUUGUUGAGAAUACUAGACUUGUCACGAAGUAAGGUUAAGAGGUUGCCAACAACUAUCAGUCAGCUUUCUCAUCUCCAAAAACUUCAUUUAUUGAAUUGCAAUGGACUCCAGAUGUUGCCAGAACUUCCUAUGAGUUUAACAGUGUUAGAGUGUUCAUCUUCAUCAUUGCAGACAGUACCUAAUCUCUCAAAAUUGACUAAGUUAGUUCAUAUUGAUAUAAGUAAUUACACUCAUGAGUCCUUAAGAAUCACCCAAGGACAAGUUCAAAGUCAAAAGAUAGAGUGGCUUGGGAGGUUAUUUAAACUGGAGCAUUUGGGUCUUAUUUUUCCAAAUCUCUCCUUGCCUCCAACAAACUUGAGUUCCCUUUCUCGGCUCCAACGACUCGCAAUAACAUGUCUCGACCCACAUUCUAUGACACGGCUUCCAUCCAAUCUUGAAGAAUUGACACUAUAUGAUGUCAAGUCACCUAUAGAUUGGUCACUCUUUUCGAGCUUGAGAAAUUUUUCUGGUUUAAACCUCUGUAGAUGUUGGCUAAGAGAGAUUCAGUUUCAUGAUAUGCUUAGACAGCUAGAGAAUUUGCAUCAUCUAGAACUGUCAGCUUGUGAAUUGCUUGUCAGGCUUUCCAGUCUUUCAAGCUUAAAGAAGCUCCAAGUGAUGUCCGUGAAACGUUGCCCACUGCUAAAUGAGAUGCAAGGUUUGGAGGACUUGGAAUUCUUGCAAACAUUGUCAAUUGAGGACUGCAAUUCCAUAGAAGAGUUGCCUGAUCUUUCAAAAUUACAGAAGCUUCAGAAGGUGACCAUCUUAUGUUGUGAAUUGCUGCAAAAUGGGACUUUUCAAUCACCCGCAAAUUGUAAGGUUUAUAAAUGCUCAAGCCGUUGGGAGCUUUACAAAGAAGAGAGAAGAAUUACUCAUUGCCCUGAAGAUACUGACAGCCAGCUCUAUACAACAACAAAUCCGAGAAAGUACAGCCAAAGCGCAUGGCUCUUCUGCUGCCUCCGGCGAUUCGCUAAGGAAUCCCAGAUCAGAUUCAGAAGGGAUUCCACAUCUCGCCGUGAUCAAGACCCGCUGAAGAUCUUGAGCUCCAGAAGGAGGAUGAAGAGAAAGAGGGACUCCCCAUACGCAGCAGCGACGACGUCCGCUCGUGUCGAUGACGACGGCGAUUCGGCGUCGGGGGCCGAAUUCGAGGUGUUCUUGAGUUUCAGAGGCCCCGACACCCGCCUCAGCUUCACCGACUGCCUCUAUCACUUCUUGGUUAGAGCUGGGAUUCGCGUUUUCAGAGACGACGAAGAGAUCCGGAAGGGCGAAAAGAUUGGAGGCGAGCUUCUGUGUGCCAUCGAAUCCUCCAAAAUAUACGUGCCCAUCUUCUCUAGGAACUACGCAUCCAGUGCCCGGUGUCUUCACGAGCUCACCCUCAUGGUGGAGUGCUCGAGCAAAGCAGAUGACAAAGUGAUCCUACCCAUUUUCUACGAAGUGGAUCCCAACGAUGUGAAGCUCCAAACUCGAUUGUACCUCGAUGCUCUGGAGAAGCAUGAGGAGUCGGGCCGCGAUGUUCGGCAAUGGAAGGAGGCUCUGACGGAGGUCGCAAGAAUCAAGGGAUGGGCAACGAAGGAUAAAGGCCAAGGUGAAAUCAUCAACACUAUCGUCGGCGAGGUUUUCACUAAGCUGAAGAAAAGAAGGAGAAAUUUGCCUGAUCAUUUAGUCGGGAUUCAUGAUCGUGUGGAAGCUAUCAUGGACUUGUUAAACAAAGGCUCUCGUGAUGUACACUAUCUGGUUAUCCAUGGAAUGGGCGGUAUCGGUAAGACAACUCUCGCAAAUGCUGUUUUUAAUCAAAUCUCCACUGAAUUUCAAGGCAGUAGCUUCCUCUCGAACGUUCGCGAAUCUACGCACCAUGGUAGAAUCAUUGGCUUACAAAAGCAGUUGUUAUCGGAAAUUCUCCAACGCAGAGAUCUACCGAUCCAUGAUUCUAUUGAUGAAGGGAUUAACAUGCUUAGAGAAAGGUUUCAUGAUAAGAAAGUACUCAUUGUUCUUGAUGACGUUGAUAAGUGGGACCAACUCUCUAAGCUAGCAGGAAAGAGUGAUUGGUUUGGUCCAGGAAGCAAAAUCAUCAUUACAACGAGAGACGUCAACUUUUUGCCAAUCAAAGAGGAGGAUGGAGAGAGCAGUUUCCAAGCACAUUCUGAAGAGUUUAAAAUAUAUGAAAUGAAAGAAUUGAAUUCUUUACAUGCUUUUGAGCUUUUUAGUAAACAUGCCUUCGGAAUGGAUUCCCCACCACGUGACUAUGAUGAUAUAUCACACCAAAUUACUCGCAAAACUGGUGGACUUCCAUUAGCUCUCGAGGUUAUCGGUUCCUCGCUUUCCUGCAAAAGCAAAGAGGUUUGGAACGCCACGUUGAAGAAAUUAGUUUUGGUGCCCCAGCAAGAAGUCUUCGACAAAUUAAUGAUUAGUUAUUCCAUGUUACAACCUCGUCAAAGAGAGAUCUUUCUUGAUAUCGCAUGUUACUUCAUUGGAGAAAAAAGACUCCGCCCGUACUAUAUGUGGAAAGCUUCAAACUAUUUCCCAAAAAUUGAAGUACUUGUCCUUGCUCGUAUGUCUUUGAUAAAGAUUAAAAAUGACAGAUUUUGGAUGCAUGACCAGCUUAGAGAUUUUGGAAGGGAAAUUAUUCAACGUGAAGACGUCGAUGUUCCUGGAAGACGUAGCAAAUUGUGGGAGCCUGAGAUUGCCUUGAAAGUGGUUCGGAUGAAAGAGGGGACAGACAAAGUCGUAGCACUCAGACUAACCAGACUCUCCAAAGUGCACAAUUUCACAAGUGAAGAAUUUUCAAAGCUGCCCAAUGUGAGAUUCUUGGAAUUAGAGGGCGGGAACUUGGUAGGCGACUUUAAGAAUCUUCUCUCCAAGUUGACAUGGCUUUCUUGGAGUCAUUGCCCUUCUGAAUUAAAUGCGACGAAUUUAUGUCUCGAGAAAUUAGUCAUGCUCGAGCUUUCCCAAAGUAACAUGACUGAAGAUUGGACAGGAUGGGAGUCAUGCCUGGUUAGCGAGAACUUGAAAGUUAUACAAAUCACUGGUUGCCCAAGCUUAAAAAGGAUUCUUAAAUUCUUGAAAUGCUCGAAUUUGAAGAAAUUGGUUCUUCAACAUUGUGGAGCCUUGCUAGCGGUUGAUGAUUCUCUCUCUAAACUAGAGAGCCUGAAGCACUUGGAAAUCAGCUCAUCAGAAUAUCCGCCCAGCGAGGAUUGUGAAAUUUUUGCCGUACCUUAUGUAUUAGGUGGUCUAAAAUCCCUAUCAACCCUAAAAAUAAAAGGGAUGCAUGUUCGGGAACUGCGUCAUUCCCUUGGAGAGAUGACGCGUCUAGAGUAUUUGUCUUUAGAAUGUUGUCGUUUGCUUGGACCACUUCCAGAAUCCAUCGGAAAAUUGAAAUCACUACUUGAAUUGGAGUUGGGAGGCACGGAAAUGACAGGAUUACCUCACUCUAUCGGAGAUCUUAAAAUGUUGAGGAAGAUGAGUCUUGUUGAGACUCGGAUAGAGAAGCUACCAGACCAAAUGGGAGGGCUAGAAUCCUUGCAUGAGCUAGAUUUGCGGGAAACAAGUAUCACAGAAUUACCUGUUUCUAUUGGGAAUCUAAAAAAGUUGGAGAUUUUACGCUUGACCUAUAGUGAGAUAAAAGAGCUACCAAAGGCCAUAGGGAUGCUAGAGAAUCUCAUAUUUUUAGAAGCCCAAGGUUGUCGAAAUUUGAAGGGGGAAAUACCAAGUGAAAUUGGGGCUCUAUCCUUUUUGAGGUGGCUACAUCUAUCAUUGAGCAACAUUAGGAGAUUGCCGGCGACUAUGAUUCAGCUUUCUCAUCUCCGAACACUUGAUUUGAGUUUAUGUCAUGAACUUGAACAUUUGCCAGAGCUACCAGUGAGUUUGACAAAGUUAGAGUUCCCAUCUCAAUUAUUGUGGACAGCCCUUGACCUUGACCUGUCAUACCUAACUAACUUAGUCGAACUUAGAAUGCUGUGCGUCACUCCUCAGAUUUCAAAAUUCAUUAGAGGAGCUCCAAAGAUAGAGUGGAUCAAGGGGUUAUCUAAUUUGAAGGAAUUGGUACUCGCAAUGAAAGAUUUUGCAUUUCCUCCAAUUAAUUUUGCUACUCUUUGUCGGCUUCAGAGUCUUGAGAUAACUCUUGUCGACCCCCAAUCUCUCGUGGGGCUUCCGUCCAAUCUUGAAAGAUUGGUUCUAUACGAUGUCAAGUCACCAAUUGAAGGUUCACUCUUUUCCAACUUGACAAACCUGUCCCAUUUGAGUCUUCCUAAUUGUUGGCUGAGGGAGGUCGAAUUUGAUGAUGUGCUUGGACAGCAUCCGGAGAAACUCCAUAAUUUAACUGUGGAAGAAAAUCAUUUGCUUGAGAGGCUAUCGGUCUCCAAACUAAAGGGUCUCCGAUAUUUGGAGGUGUCUGAUUGCGUGGGGCUAAUGGAGAUUCAAGGUGUGGAGAAAUUGGAAUCGCUAGAGAGAUUGGUUAUUAGGAGAUGCAGCUCCUUAGAAAGGUUGCCUGAUCUAUCAGGAUUGAAGAAGCUGCGGACAUUCCAACUUUAUGAUUGUCCGCUGACAAAUUCACCCGGUCUACGACUUCAAGACACGUGUUCACUGAUAUUUGCAGGAUGUGGGAUUUCACCUGCCUUUUCUGGCAAUUACAAAAGAUGGAAGGAUACUUACGGUCAUAGGGGGGACGAUAUCAACGGCCAACUCUAGAAAGAAAGAAUCAUCUCAUGUUCUCUAACAGUCGAAUAAUUUUCGAGUAAUUUGGGGAUCAAUGGAACUAUAGUUGAUUUUCGUGACUUUAGCAAAUUAGCCAAUGUGCCCGAGGCUAAAGUUGGGGAUCGAUACAUCACGGACAAAUUCCCCAAAUCGCGAAGGUUUGAACUUUCUGUGUGUAGUUGAAAUAUCUGAGAAUGUCUUCUAUGCAUUGUCAUGUUCAGGUCAUCUGAAACUGAAAGCCAGUCAGUAUACAGUGUCAAAGAAGGUAUCUUAACACUUUCAGUUCUGACGGAUAUCAUAUGCCCUCAUCGAUUAGUUCAUGGCCCAAUUUCAGGAGAUACAUGCUCUUUGACGAUUAUCUUCGAACGACGCUCGCCGUUGUUGAGCUGAAGUAAGCAAUUGAUUUAUCGUCUUGCAUCUGCAGCAUUUAUAGAGAUACUCAUGAAAACUGUCGUCGACGUUAAUCAACAUUUGUACUUGGUUUGGACGAUUGCCGUCGAAAAUUCUCUCGUAUGGAUAACGUGGGGAGAAUGAAAUUACUUCACCUGUUUCCAAGAGAAAGAAAACGUAACAAAAUUCAAUCAUUCGAACGCAGAACUUAAAUUGUUUUCGCUUCUCAAUUGUGCAUGCAAUCUUAUUGGAACCCGGAUCCAUUCUUUGGACAGAGAUAAAGAAACGAGACUUGAUUGUCGAUCGGUGCUUCACGACUUGAUAGCAGAGAUAAAGAAACAAGCAGGUUGUCGAUCAUGUGCUGCUGCCACUUCUAAGCUCCUUUCUUUUGUUUUUUUUUUGCGUUUUUCUUUUUUUAAGCGUUUCAGAGAUGGGUUUGCUGUACCGUCAAAACAGUCGUUGUGGCAGCAAAUGUGAUGAAUAGAAUAUGACAGCUUAAUUGGAAUUUUAGUACCACUUUCCACGGGGACAGGACCGAGCUCUUACAUUUAUAAUAUGACGUUAAGAUUAAGAGCUCAUAAGACUACUUUCAUCAGAA